AAAACGAAACUGUUCUCUCUUUUUUUUCUCUCUCUCUCUUUGCCAGAAUUGAGCAAGACAGCAAGCUGCUCACUAUGCAUAGACCUCAGCGUUCACCUCAAAUGUCAUUCUCAGAUCCCAGUACCUGGGAGCAGAUGUUUCAAGAGCUGAUUCAGGAGGAGAAACCCAGGGCCAAGUGGACCUUGCAGCUGGAUAAGAAUAUUUUGCCGGAUGACUUGACCAUGGGAUGGAGGCAGUACCAGCAGGCAGGAGUUGGCUGGUUCCAGUGUUCCAUAUGCAACAGACACUGGACUUCUGCCCAAGUGAAGAUCCUGUGCCACAUGUACUACGAGCCUAGGAAACUUCAGGGCCGGGUGCUCAUGAGGAUCUUUGCUCAGAGGUGCCAGAAGUGUUCUAUGGCUAAAUUUGAGAAUCCUGAGUUCUCUGCAGAGAGCAUCCAAAGAAUUCUGGAGAAGCUGGUUAGUUAUAUUGUGCAGAAAUACUAUGGACAUGGCCUCAAGAAAAUAACAUCAACUUCAAAUGAGAGGGUGCUUUUGGAUGGACCCCAUGACAGAGCCAAUUGUGAGGCAUGCACUCUGGACCCCCAUGGAGGGUGUGCAUACAAAGCAAAGCCACUCAAAUCCCCAUCUCCUCCACCAAAGAGCUGCAGUUCUUUCCCACCCCAGACCCACGGUUCUUCCUCACCAAAGAGCCACGGUUCUUCCCCACCAAAGAGCCAUUGUUCUUUCCCACCACAGAGCCACAGUUCUUUCUCAACAAAGAGCCACAGUUCAUUCCCACCACAGAGUCUCGGUUCUUCCCCAGCAAAGAGCCACAGUUCACCCCCACCACAGAGUCCCAAUUUUUUAUCUCAGCCUACAAGCACACAUUCUGAAAAUGUGCAUGCUCAGGAACACAGAGAGCCCAAUAUCACAGGGCUUUUUGCGGCUUUGUCUCUUGGAGCAAUUAUCCUUUUUCGUCUAAUCUUUCUGUAAUAGACUUAUCGUCUUGUUUUAAUUCUAGAGUUAUCCAUAAAAUGGAUGUCAUUUUAACAUGACAAUGACUUGAUUUGAGAUCAAGAAAGGCCAAGUAUGUAAAAUAAACCUGGUGUCCUGGACGGGCUCUGAAAAUAACCUAGAACAUGACAUAUACAUAAUGGAGUUUAAAACAAAUUCUUACUAAGUCACUGAACCGUCUGUAUUUGCUUGCUCACUUAUUGUUAUCAAGCUAUAUUGAUUAAAUCUUGACGAGGUCAUGAGUAUUAUUGUAAAUGUGCUGUGAUAGACCGAAUAAUGCUCCCCCCACCAAAACCGCCCUUACCCUACCCUCUAGAACUUGUGACUGUGCUAUUGUAUUUUGAAGAAUGGAUUUUGGAGACAUGAUAAAAUUAAAAGAUCUUGGGGUAAAUUGUCUUGCGUUCUCAGGUUGAAUAACAAAAGGUCCUUCUGUUCAUCUUUUCAGUCAAGGUCCAUCAGAAGAUUAACCUUGAAGGCUUGGCCUCUGGGUGACGGUGCUAUGGAAGGGCAUGUGAAGUUUAGGGCGUGGUGCUGUGAACUGAUCCUUCUUGUGCACUGUAAAUAUGCAGUACUCUCAUUGGUUAAUAAAAGAACUGACUGGCAGGUAGCCAGUAUGGGUGUGACAACCAAGCUAAGGAUGCUGGGAUGCAGAAGGGCAGCAUUGUGGGAGUUGCCAGCCAGAUGAGAACAAGUCAGAAACACAAAAUAGAAGUAAAAGUCACGAGCCCUGGGGCAGCACAUAGAUUAAUAGAAAUAGAUUAAGUUGUAAGAGAUAGUAACAAGCCUGAGCUAUCAGUCGAGCGUUUAUAUUUAAUAUACGCCUCAGUGUGUUUAUUUGGGGGUUGCUGGCAGGAUAGAAACUUUGCCUACAAAUGGCAUUCCAACAUGGGGCCAGAAUUUCCACAUAAGACCUGAGAAAGCUUUACCAAAAGGUUCU